CUCAAGGACUGGAACCCUGCUCGUGAGACCUUCACGAAGGAGACAACAUCUCUGAUGUACAACAACAACCCUGAUCGCAACAGGUGGGUUGCUGCUGCCUGCUACAACAAGGCUUGGGCCGUCAAGGACUACGGUGCCAUCUCGGACGUUGUCAGCAUGAAGCUGAAGCUGGGCGCUUUCCACACCGACUAUGACUGCAUGUACAUUGGCCGCCACAACCAGUUCUGGACUGAGUCUGACAACGGCUACAUCAACCUCGCCUAUGCCUACAAUGGAAACAUCUGCAGCUUUGAUGGAAGCACUGGUGAUCUUACCUGCAACUAG